UUUUUGGUAAUGUCCCUGCCUUUUUAGCACAUGAGCGCUCCGAGAUUCUUAGGCUCCUCCGGGAUGAAGCUCUCACCAUCGCUCCGGGUCGAAGCAUCUUUCCACCCAUACCCACCUCAAUGCCGCCCACACAGUUAGCACGAGCGCUUCCUAGAACGUCCCGAACAGCCUCAUCUCGCGGCGCAGAGGGAUUCAGGCAGAGAUGUUGCUACCAUUCUUCCCAGUAUAGCCAACCCCCGCCCUUUGCCCCGGCCGAGUCCGCAAUCCUCUCCGCUGCGAUGUCCCAUGUACCCAAUGUCGGUUUCACAAUAGACGCGCUGAAGCUGGGAGCUCGCGACGCCAAUUAUCUAGAUGCUUCCACAAACUUGUUCCCCCGCGGGGUCUUUGAUCUUGUCAAUUACCAUCUUGUGACGCAACGGCUGGCUCUGAAAGACACAGUGCAAUUCCCACCCGAAGGUGAGAAUGGAAAGAAGUUGGGAAUUGGAUCCAAAAUCAGGACGCUAGCAUUGGCGAGGUUGCGGGCCAACGAGCCUGUCAUAGACAAAUGGCAGGAGGCGCUCGCUAUCAUGGCCCAACCUUCCUUCAUCCCUCCCUCCCUUGCCGAACUAGCGCGACUAGCCGAUGAGAUAUGGUACCUUGCAGGAGACAAGAGCGUGGAUGGUAGCUGGUAUACCAAACGAGCAAGCUUUUCGGCCAUUUACUCGUCCACGGAAGUGUUUAUGACGCAGGACAAAUCCAAAGACUUUAGGGAAACAGAGCAAUUCCUCGAUGCGAGGCUAGCUGAUAGCAUGAAGUUGGGGAGCACAUUCGGUGCGUUGAGCGCGUGGACUGAUUAUACGGCUCAUUCUGCCGUAAACGUUCUCCGGAGCAAAGGCGUGCGUAUCUGA